UUUUUUAGAAUUUUAUAUCAGCUUAGACUUUUUUUGAAAAGUAGAAUGUUUUAGGUUGUAUAAAUUAUGUUUUUUUUCCAAAAGUAUUAAGUUUUUCAGUGAUUUUAUUGCUCUUUAAAAUUUUGUUCGUGUUCUGGAAGUGCAUUGAUAUUGAAGGCAUGUUGCUACACAUUUAAAAUUUUCUAGUCAGCUGUGUAAAUCUAUUUUCUAUGUUCCUGCCAAAUUUCAUUAAAAAAUAUUCAUGCGCAGACACCCUAUUUUGCCACCUAGUGGAGGUACAUUUUCCACCUUUUUUACAACUACUGUUACUGUUACACUUUAUUAAACUGUUUCUGUUAAUGUUACUGUUACUUCUUUUACUAGUGAUUUUUAUAAGAUUUUCAAAUUUCGUUUCUGUUCUGGAGGUACAUUAAUAUUGAAGGCAUGUUGCUACACUUUUAAAAUUUUCCAGUAAGCAGUAUAAAUCUAUUUUCUAUGUGCCUGCCAAAUUUCAUUAAAAAAUAUUCAUGCGCAGACACCCUAUUUUUCUGUACAGUGGAGGUAUGUAUUUCCACUUCCGUUUAGGCGGGGAGGGGGGGCGUAAUUUGAUGGUGAGCAUUUGGUAUAUUUGAUUGUUUAUUCAUUAUAAUGAGAUAUAUAGAUAGUUUUCAUUAAAAAGGUAUACAUUUUUUUUUUCAAUAGCCUUUUAUUUGUAAUAAAUGGCUAUUGAAAAAAAAAAGUUGUUAGUAAUAAUAUUACUAACACUAUUGUUGUUAGUAAUAAUAUUACUAACACUAUUGAUGAUUUCACACACCAAAAUUAGUUUCAAGGCUAAAUUCUGUUAAAUCUAAUUUAAAAUGCUGAAAUAAAAAUUAUGACACUUUUUUAUGGUGAUUCAGAAUAAAAUGCGAAAUAAUGGUAACAAACAAAAACAGCAUUUUCUCAAUUUUUUUCUGUACCCAUAAUUUACCAUCUAACCACCAACCAGCAUUAUUUAUGAUAUAUAAAAAUUAUAUAUAUCUAUAAUUUUUUAUUGAUCAAAGGCAAUUUAUUAGUUAGUUAAUUGUGAUUGAUUGCUGACCCAAUUAAAUAGUAAUUAAAUAUUAAUAAUGAUUAAAUUACAAUUAAAGUAGUGUUAUGAUCGUUGAAUUUAAUUUAGUGCAUCAUGGGACCUAAAAAGAAAACAAAUCUAUUUUAUGGUAAAGCUAAAUCUUAUUUAGUUUGUAAUUUUCCAAUACCAGCUCAUUUAAAUAUGGGCUGUAGAAAUGGACAUGUACUGCAUAUAUUGGCAACUAACAAUGAUUCAUACCAAGUAACUGUAGAACUAAUCAGUAAGUAUUUUAACAUCAACAUUUCUCCCAAUCAGAUUCUGCAACUAGUUAGAAAAUCAAAAGUCUUUGUAAAAGCUUUUUCACGAAAUUCAAAACAAUUUAUUGACAUCUGCAACAUGCUCUUUGAAUACCAACCAACAACAUCUGCUGUGACUCAAACAUCACAGUUAAUCACAACCUCUAAUCACAUUGCUACGUGUUCUUCAUUUUUUUCUCAGCAAAUCACUGUUUCGUCUCUAUCAAAUAGUGACUCUUCUCAAGAAUCAAUAUCCAGGUUGAGAGCUGACCAGGUUAGUCCCAGGAAAAAGAUUAUGAGAAAGAGAUUAACCAUUUUGGAAAACGAAAUUGCAGUUAAAAAGAGAAAACAUAAAGAAGAUCUUAAAGGUUUAAGAGAAAAGGCAAAGGCUAGACCAUACAGAUUAAAAUAUCUAAAUCAAGUUAUUGCUCGUAAGGAAAAGAUAAUUCAUCAACUUAGAAAAAAAUUAAAAGAAAAUUUUUUAAAUAUACAGUUAAAAAAACUUCAAAAUCAAAUUUUUUAUUUAAAACAACAGUUAACAUUCACCGAAACCAAGUUUUUUAAUCAAAAGACAAUGUUAUCCCAACAACUUGCUGACAAAAAUUCUGCAAUUCUUGUACUUCAAAAUGACAUACUGGUUUUACAGGAAAAGUUAGAAGAUAUUCAGCAAGUAACACAAAACACCAAAAAUGAAAAAUGCUACUCAGCAGAUAUCAGAACACUUAUAUAUGACAUGCUUGUGUGCCAAGUUCCUACACAUAGUGUGCCAUCUCUGCUCCAUAAAAUUGGAGAACAUACUGGCUAUCGAUUUAGUCAAAUUCCACAUCGGACAACUGUAGAACAAAUGAUGCGUGAGCUUGGUGUUCUUUCAGACUUACAUACUGCUGAGAUAGCAUUUACAACGAAAGAUCUGACACUUGGUUUUGAUGCAACAACCCAGGAGGGUGUUCAUGUAAAUGCUGUGCACUUAACAACCGAAUCAGUAUGUAUGGUUGUAGCUAUUAAUCAACUUCCUGGAGGUACAGCUUAUGACUAUCAGAGUCAUAUUACAAAAUCUGUUGAUAAUCUUGCUAAGUUAUAUAGUGACUUCUAUAAGCUUAAAUACACUGAUGUAAGAAGCACUAUUAUCGGGAACAUAACAAAUACCAUGAGUGAUAGAGUUGCAACAAACCAUGCAACAGUCUCAAAGUUAAACCUAGUUUGGCAGAAAUCAUUAAAUGAACUUAACUGUCACCUUCACCCCUUGGACACAAUGACAAGCUCUUGCAAGUCUUCACUUAAAGCAUUAGAGACUUCAAAAGGGAAACUUUUUGGAAGAGACUGCAUAGCAGCAAACAUUGUUGUACAGCUAAACAAACUUCGUUACAAGGAUGCUAAAGGCGAUCCAAAGGGUUUUGUAACCUUUUUGGACCAACAUGAGUUGCCCAGAGGAUUGCUACCACGCUAUAGAGGGAACAGACUACAUAUACUUUUUCACACAUGUAGUUGUUUGAUCCAUCAUUAUGCCAUAUUGAAGAUAUUUCUGUGUUCUGGCUUGGCGUUAUGUGGAGGUCUGCGAAAUAGUUUGUUUUAAGACUUUACAUCUGAAAUAGGUAUCCGUGAGUUGUGUGUUUUAGCAUUAAUUGGAAAGCUACUUUCUGGCCCUUGGAUGACAAAAUUUUAUAUUGCACCAGGUACAGGACUUGACUACAUAUCUGGCAUUCAGGUAGUAAAAGAUGUUAGGAACACUCUUAUUGAGAGCAGCAAGAAUCCCUUAUCUCUACUUAAACGAAAAACUGAUUUCUUUGGUAAUGAUAUUAAAGAUGUUGUUUUUGAUUCAAUAAUCAGCUUUUGCCCAGUAACUAAUGAAAUAAGUAAAGCAUUAGGUGACUGUCUUAAUGCUGUUAUUAGCGUCAUUGACAGGCAGUACAAGCGUCAGUUCGAAAUGAGUUCCAAUGAUCUUCUUAAAGACCAGACUAAGUCAGCUAGGCUUCACAACAUUGAUUCAGAAGAACUUAUGGGUAUGUUUAGCGCUGCAAAGCACAAAGCUCCUAAUGCUACUCUUUGUUUUCUUUCUUCGAAACUUCGUGCUUGCAAAAAUAAAACAACUGCUCUGCUUUGUAAAAAGCCAACUGAUAUUCAAAACAAGUUGAUAUUAUGGGCUAUCUCUAAUGCCAGGAAAAAUCGAUUUACAAGUAUGCAAUGUCAUAAUGAACUGAAGUUAGAACUGCUAAAACGAAUGGCAGAUAAAAUUCAGAAAAGAGAGGACAAAGACCGCAGAAAGGUAGAAAAAAUAUUAAAAAGUUGCAUGCCCGAUCAGGUAAAAGAAAUGUUUCCUGACCUAGAAAAUAACGAGGCCUCAGAUUUUGAAGAAAUUCUUAUUGGAGCUGCUAUUGGAAGAAGUAUUUGCCACAUGUGGUUCGAUAAUGCCAAUAACACCCAUGAGGUAUAUUAGGGCAGAAUUGUUAGCAUUAAAAAGAAGAACAAUGAUAUAUAUAUAGUUUCUUAUUGGAAACCAAAUGAAAAUGAAGAUGAUGACGGUGUUGAGUAUGAUAUGAGCAAAUAUCAACUUUCUGCAGACAUAAUAAGCGGUGAUAUGGUGAUAACAUAACAGAAUUGUGUAAUAAUAAGGUAGUCGGGUAGUUACCGACAUCCAACAACCAGGGUUGACCUGGUUGCAACGUGCUAUGGGAAACCAAAGCUCAUUUACUUUUUGACAUAAGCAAAUUGCUUGGCUUAUGACAAUUGAUGUUUAUCAUUAUCAAUGAUGGUAAUGCAUUUUUCUAUCAAGUAUAACAGAGUUUCGCUUGCGUGGAUUGAGAGAUGUUAAACAGUAUUGAAGGGUCUGCUAUCGAUUUUUUUGUUUGGUAAUGGGAAGUUUGUUGUGUAUCAGUAGUUAAGUGAUUUUGAAUUUUUUAACUUAAUAAAUCAUUCUUAUAUUUAGUAAUCUCUAAUGGGUUUUUCAGUUAUGGUGCUAAAUAUCUAAUGCAUUUUCAUUUAUUUUUUAUUGCAAGGUUUUAACAAUAAUGGCAAUUUGCUACUGUGGAUAUUUAUGUUAAAGACCUCAAGAUUAUAUUUAUUAAUUCAGUAAUUACAGUUAAACAACAUGAUAAAAACUACAUGGUUGCUUCAGUGGAUGUUGAUCUUUUUCAUAACAAGAUUAAACCGAUAUCAUUGGAUGUGGUUUCCUUUGCGUACUAAAGAAUCGACUCUUUCUAUCUAUGGAUGUCACAGUUUUGUUUGCUUCAAAAUCUGGAAGGGAAAAGGAAGGGGAGCAGUGGUGGACAUCCCCCCACCCACCCCACCCAUUUGUUUAGUUGGAUAUUUUAUUAAUGCAAACUUUGAUACAUUAACUCCAGUUUCAAAUCCAACUUCCGCUAUGGAAACAAAGCACAUUUUAGCGACAUAUGCUGAUGUUUGUGCCAAAAUAAAAGAACAUGAGUUAUUGCACACUGUUGGUUAUGUUAUAGGUUUUACAAGAAGUAUGGAAAAAAGCUUUGAAGCGCUGGGUUGUUGCAUAUAGGAGAGAUCGUAUCUUGUAGGAUGUCAACACCAACAAUGGAACUGAAAGACAGAACCUAUCUUUCAAAUAUAGUUUUUUAGAAAAAAGAAAGAAUUCUUCUCUAACAACUAUGCUUAGUAUUUGCAUAGAAGAAUUUCUUCCUCACAAAUAUGACAAUUAUUGUGAUGAAAAUAGAAGAGCACAUUCCUAAUAUAGAAAAUAUGAUGAUAAAAUUCCAGCAUAUUUGAUUGAUCGCCCACCAUCUUUAGUCAAACAUUGUAUGGCAUUGAUUGAUAAUUAAUUACAAGGUGUGAAUUUGCGGGGCAUAACUGCUGUGACAGACAAAUUAUACAAUGUAGCUUUUUUUAAUUCAAAUAGUAGAGAGAUUUACCAAUGCUACCUUGGUGAUUCUGAAUGUCUGCCAACUUGUUCUUGUCCUAGUUGGUUUUGUACCUCAUAUCCAUAUAAACACUUUCUUGCCAUUUUUCUAAAAGAGAAUCUCUCUUGGUCUGCAUUUGGCACUGCAUAUGCAAAUUCUCCUUAUUUCAAGCUGGAUUUGUUUUCAGAUGAAAAUAGUUUAGCUCAUUCCAAUAAGGUUUCAUUAUAUAAUAUUCAAUAUGAACAUGUUGAACCGCUACACAUAUCCUCUCUUAUUAAACAGGGUGACAAGGAAGUUCAAAAUUUUGAUUGCUAAAAACUACAGUAAUCAUACCUCUGCAAGCUGUCGUGAGCUCUUAAAUGAAAUUAAACAAAUGAGUUACUCAUGUGACUCUCAACAAGCUAUUGAUAAUUUAUUUGAGGGGCUUUGUCAACUUAAAACACGUUUAGCAGAAAGUCUUCCAGUAGAACAAGGAAUUCUGCUGCGUCCAGAGAUUCAACCUGAAAUUUUUAUGGUUCCUAAUGAAUCAAUUGAUAUCAUGGAACAUUUAACUGAUGAUAGUAACAACUCUGUUGAAAUGACUGUAAAUGAAGAUAUUAAACAAGAUAGAAUAGUGCUGCAAAUUCAAAGUCUUAAAUCAUCUUUGAUUGGUCAUAAAGAACAAAAUGAUAUCAUAAAAGGACAUAUGCUUAAUGAUAACGUAAUUCACUUUUGUCAGCAACUUAUGGCAAUCCAGUUAAAUAUUGAUGUUGGACUGCAAGAUCCCAUUAAAGGACAAAUUUUAUCUUUGAUAUCUAUACAAGUACUCCAUUCGUCCAAAUUCUUCAUGAUGGAAAUCUUCACUGGUUAUGUGUAACCACAUAUGACUAUAAACCAGGGGAGAUAUAUGUUUUUGACGGCCUUUUCCACGGUACAAUCAGCUUAGAGACAAAAAGGCAAAUUUGCAAUAUUUUGCAUUGUCAAGAUAAAAAUCUUGUUUUUAAAGUUUUGCCAGUUCAACAGCAAACAAAUGGUGUGGAUUGUGGUAUUUAUGCUAUUGCCUGGGCUCGUCAGAUUCUUGAAACAAAAAGUUUACCAUCAACAAAUAAGAUGUGCUGCUAAGACUUUUCGUGUUCCUUGUCGUAUGUUUUGGGUGCCUGAAGAUGAAGACAUAUAUAACAGCCAAAUGGCACAAUGCUGUGCUUUUAGUAGAUGGUUUCAUCGUGAAUGCGAAAAAAUUCCAGUGCCUAUGCCUGUGCCUAUGAGCAGGAAGAUGAAAUUUGGAACUGUAAUGAUUGCCACAACCAGUCAAAUAAAUAAUAAUAAAACAAUAAUACUGUUAUACAGCACAGGUAUAUAAUUUUUAAUAUUACGGACUGUUAAUGUUGAACAGUCAUAAUUACUUGCGUAACAUCCAAAUAUACAAUAUUAAAAAAAUGAUUUUAUUUUAGGUUGAUAAUAUUUAAUUUAUGCAGACUAUACUUGAUUUAAUGUAAAGCUUUUAUGUUGGGAGGUCAAUAACAUUAACUGACAAUAAACAUUACAUGUAGUAUUAUGUUACUUUAUAUAAAUUUUAUUUUAUUAUAAUGCACGUACUCCACAAAACAAUCCUGCUUUGCAAAAUGCCUAGAAAGUACAAUUCUUAAAAUGAUUUGCCAUAAAGUAAUACCACUGAUGGCAUUGUACUGAAAAUCCAUGGCAAAAGUUUUAUAAUAGGUAUCAUUUCAAAAUAGUGGUGGCCUCCAUGUUGGCUUAAUGAUUGGUAUUCUUGCAAAAGAAUUAAACGGCAUGUCAUUAAAAAGAAAAUGAAGAUAUCAAGCACGAUUUCUUUUCGUAAACUUGAGACAUAUAUUUUAUUAACAUAUAAUUAUAAUGUGUGUGUGUGUGUAUGUGUGUGUGUGUGUGUGUGUGUGUGUGUGUGUGUGUGUGUGUGUGUUUAUAUAUAUAUAUAUAUAUAUAUAUAUAUAUAUAUAUAUAUAUAUAUAUAUAUAUAUAACGUAGCUCAAUGGCGUAGUAAUAAAUGCUUUCUCUUCUUUAUAAUGUCGCGACUUUAAAGAAGACUAUAAAAAUUUAGUUUUCCUGCUUAUUUAACAGUUAGUUGUUAUUAUGUACUAAAUGUCUAAAUUUAUGGCCGUAGGCAUUUCACGCUUUGCUUUAUAUAAUUGUCAUUGAUAUAAUUAGAAAGCAUUUAUAGAACCUGCUAAUAAUUUAGAACUACAUC